AUGGCGGGAGGGUGGGAGGAGCUGGUAGUAGCGCUCAUGCUCGGGCAAGACGCGCCAAGAGUCUGUGAUGAGGAAACCAACAUCGAUCCCAUGCGACCUCGCGGACUCGUCCUCGCAGGUGCCGACGAGGAGUGCAAGAUGGCAUUGCUGAUGCAGUAUGCCUACAACGCUGCUCUCAGAGGAUUCAACUCAAUCUUCUUCACCAAGCGGAAGCGUAAUUACAUGUACGCUAAUAUAAAGCAGCGCAAACUUUGCAAGAAAGCUCUGAAGAGAAUUGGAAUCAAGUUCGUGAACAGCGGGUAUGAUCUGCGGUCAGCGCUGGCGGGCAUACACGACCUUGAGGAGAUGCCGAAUCUUCUGAUUGUAGCCGACGAUCUUUCUAGCAUCCUAGCAGACAAGUGCUUCGAGCACCUGGCCAUGACUCUAGCCCACCUCGAGGAAGCACAAGGAUUCUUUGACAGAUCGUUACGCGAGAAUGCCUUCAAGCUGGAGAUGGGGGUCGAGGGCUCGGGAGGUCAGGGCGAGGGAAGAGACAGGACUCCUUUCGUGGGCUGCGAGCUGAUUAUCUCAGAGGGAAUAUCAGAGACCGGCAGGCCGAACAACCUGUAUGUGUAUGACCGCUUCUUCCCAAACUACAUCACGAUCGUUGAGCACGAUGGAGUCAAAGAAAUGUCUCAACCAUCAGUAGCUCCCAGAUGUCACAGAUUCUCAGCCAGGGACGGAGUGACAUCGAACCCCAAGUUCUGUUGCUCCAAUGGAGCAUCUGUGCUGGAAGACAAUGCCUCACAAUCUCUCCUCGAACUGCGUUAA